UCACAGCGCCCCCUAGCGGCCCCUCCCAGCACCCAGCCACGGCCCCUGAGCUCGCCUCUAGCACACUCCGCACUCAGCGCUCCGGACCGGCUCCAGCAUGAAGGUUACCGUGGAUUUUGAGGAGUGCCUGAAGGACUCGCCUCGCUUCAGGGCAGCUUUAGAAGACGUGGAAGGAGAUGUAGCAGAACUUGAACUGAAGCUUGAUAAGCUGGUGAAACUUUGCAUUGGAAUGAUUGAUGCUGGAAAAGCUUUCUGUGCUGCCAACAAGCAAUUUAUGAAUGGAAUUCGGGACCUGGCCCAAUAUUCCAGCAAGGACAGUGUGAUUGAAAGCAGUUUAACAAAGUUUUCUGACAGUCUGCAGGAGAUGAUUGCUUACCAUACAAUACUAUUUGACCAAGCCCAGCGGUCCAUCAAAACUCAACUUCAGACAUUCGUUAAAGAAGAUCUUCGAAAAUUUAAAGAUGCUAAAAAGCAGUUUGAUAAAGUUAGUGAAGAAAAAGAAAACGCACUGGCGAAAAAUGCUCAGAUUCCAAGAACCAAGCAGCACGAGGUGGAAGAAGCAACGAACAUCUUAACUGCCACGCGAAAAUGCUUCCGGCACAUUGCUUUAGAUUACGUUCUACAGAUCAAUGUGCUUCAAUCAAAACGAAGAUCUGAAAUUUUAAAAUCUAUGCUGUCUUUUAUGUAUGCCCAUCUAGCCUUUUUCCAUCAGGGUUAUGACCUUUUCAGUGAGCUUGAGCCAUAUAUGAAGGAGCUUGGUGCACAGUUGGAUUCUCUAGUUAUUGAUGCAGCAAAGGAGAAGAGAGAUAUGGAGUUGAAGCAUUCUACAAUUCAGCAAAAGGAUUUUUCUAGUGAUGAAUCUAAACUUGAGUGUAAUGUUGACGCAGCCAAUGGUAUUGUCAUGGAGGGAUAUCUCUUUAAAAGAGCUAGCAAUGCCUUCAAAACAUGGAACAGGAAAAAGCCAGAGCAUACCAGGCGGUGGUUCUCCAUCCAGAAUAAUCAAUUAGUGUAUCAGAAGAAAUUUAAGGAUAACCUCACAGUUGUGGUUGAAGACUUACGUCUUUGUACUGUCAAGCACUGUGAAGAUAUUGAAAGACGUUUCUGCUUUGAAGUGGUUUCGCCAACAAAGAGCUGUAUACUACAAGCUGACUCUGAGAAAAUUCGCCAAGCUUGGAUUAAAGCCGUUCAAACAAGUAUCGCUACAGCCUACAGAGAAAAGGGAGAGGAAGCUGAGAAAGUAGACAAGAAUCCAUCGCUGUCCACGGGCUCAGUCGGUAGUCCAGAAUCUGUGUCGAAAGAAAAGUUAAUAAAGGGUGAAAGUGCUUUGCAACGUGUUCAAUGCAUUCCUGGAAAUUCAAACUGCUGCGAUUGUGGCCAUCCAGACCCCCGCUGGGCCAGUAUUAACUUGGGAAUCACUUUAUGUAUUGAGUGUUCUGGAAUUCACAGGAGUCUUGGAGUUCAUUUCUCCAAAGUGAGGUCUCUAACGCUGGAUACUUGGGAACCUGAGCUCCUUAAGGUGAUGUGUGCGCUUGGAAAUGACGUGAUAAAUGGCAUAUAUGAAGCACGAUUGGACAAAAUGGGUUUAAAGAAGCCACAAAAUGGAUGCCAAAGACAGGAGAUAGAAGCGUACAUCAAAGCCAAAUAUGUGGAAAAGAAGUUUGUGGAUAAAUACGCAGAGUCUAAACUUGCAGUGAGGAAGCCAAGCUUAUCCAGGAAGAGCAGUGAAAAUCGUUUAAGUGUCUCAGAUAAAAGCGCCCGGCUAGAAGAACAGAGCGUGACGUCUUCCAGAAGUUCAGUUAAAAGCAAUGACAGUGGAAUUCAGUUCAGUGCGGAGGGUAGCAGAGAACUUCUGUCGUCUGCAGCAUCUUCUAACAGUCUGUAUGAUACAGAACAUGAUAAAAAAGACGAAAAACGUGAUUCCUCUGUAUUUCAAGAUACAAGUCAUCUGAAGAAACUUCUUCCUGGCCCACAGUUGUACCAAUCAGCAUUUGAGCGAAAUCUUCCAAGCAUGGCUGAGGCCCUAGCUCAUGGAGCAGAAGUAAAUUGGGUCAACACAAAAGCAAAUAAUUCAACACCCCUCAUACAAGCAGUGCGUGGGGGGUCUCUGGUGACAUGUGAGUUCCUGCUACAAAAUGGAGCCAAUGUUAACAACCGUGACGUUAAAGGUCGUGGGCCGCUCCAUCAUGCUACCAUGCUGGGCCAUACAGGGCAAGUUUGUUUGUUCCUGAAACGAGGUGCAAAUCAGCAUGCCACUGAUGAAGACGGGAAAGACCCUUUGAGUAUUGCCAUAGAAGCUGCAAAUGCAGACAUUGUAACACUACUGCGCUUGGCACGUAUGAACGAAGAGAUGCGCGAAUCUGAAGGAGCUUACGGACAAUCAGGUGAUGAAACCUACCAAGACAUAUUUAGAGAUUUUUCCCACAUGGCAUCAAACAACCCGGAAAAAUUGAAUCGUUUCCAGCAGUCAGAUUCUCCCAAAUCUUGAAAAUAUUUUUUUACCUUUCAGAAUGGGUUAUUAAAAUGAAGUGGAAAGUGCCCAAAUCUGCUUCAACAUGUAAACCAGGGCAGGAAUGGCUUAUGGUAACAGGACCUUUACCCUCACGGCCUAUAUGAAAUGAAUAGAAUGUGCCAUUGUAUGAUUGAAUAGAAUUGGGUAAAGUGCCAGUUGCUCUAGAAGUCUUAAGCAGCUGAUGUGACACAGACCAUACGUUUUCUCAUCAGUUUGUUUUCCCACCAUUACUGUCCCCAUCUCUCCUCAAGCAAAGAAGGAGCCUGUUCUUGACUCCAUAUAGAAUUCAAUGAGAAUUAGUUGUCCCCCUGUCAAAUAGAAGCAUUACGGUCCCCAAAAUUCUAACCAUUUAGAAUUUCAAACUUGAUGAGCUACAGAGUAAAGGAUGCUUUGUGCGUUUUUAUGUGUUAAUAGCAACCAAUGGAUCAUGGGCUUCCUAUUUGUUCGGUAUUGUCUUUAGAUUACCCUUGCAAUGUUUCAGAUUAACUGCUUCCUAUUCAGCUAAUACUGGUUGCGAACUGUGAUAGUGUGAGGUUUUGACUCAUUCCACGUAUCCCUAAUGUAAACACGUUUGAUCUGUCACUUGGGUAAGCCUGUAUGUAUUAAUUACACUAAGCAGUAUAUGUUUGUUUUAUUGUUAAUUAUUUUAUUUCUUCAUUAUAACAAGAAUAUGGUCAUGGAUACAUUUUAAUUGUAUGUAAUUACUUCGCUGCCUUUUAUGUUAAAAUAUCUCUGUAGCACAUCUUUCUGCCUCCGUAGAAUAAAGAGUGCCCUUCAGUUAAUAUUGAUAUAUAACACACGCUAAAUUUUUAUGUUAAAUGGAAAGCAAACUACUAUUCCUUUUGCACACUACCUGUAUUGACAAUCUGUAUUUACUAUUCCACAGACACUUGCAAUGUGUUCAUUCAUUUUUGAAACUGGUUAAGUCUAGGUCAGUGAUUACCAACCCCAUCCUCAAGGCACAUUCCAGCAUUUAGGUGUUUCCCAAUUCUACUGCUAUGCGCAUAUUGACAACCUGUUCCAUUGGUAUACCUGGAGAACUGAGUUGGGAAACACUAGUCUAACUUGCAAUAGCACCAAGGUAGGGAGCUUGUGCCUUGAAUGGUUAUGAGGUUUGUAGUUCUGCAACUGCUGUCAAAGCACACGCUGCCUGUCCUUGGUCUACCAAUUCCCUAUAUUGUUAUAGAGUUGUUAUA